GGCUUACAAUGCUUGCAGCCACGCGUGGGCGUAAAGCUUAUGUGUAGUGGUAUAUCUAUCACAGGCAAGCUGAAUCUUCUGAUAUUGACCACUGGGCAAGGGUGAGUGUGAGUAAGGAGAUGAUGAUGAUGAUGAUGAUGAUGAUGAUGAUGAUGAUGAUGAUGAAUGAAUGAAUGAAUGGGCAGAGGAAAUGAAUUGGAAGAGAAGAAAGACUGGAUUGGGAACCGACCUCUUCUUCCCCGGUGGGUUCCUGGCCAAUCUUGCGUACCUUCCCUUCUCCCUUCUCUUCUCUUACUCCUCUUCUCUUUCUCAACUUCAUUACCGAACACUUCUUUGACUUCUCUACUUCUUACUCGACAAGCCGUUCAUACUCUUUAGCUUCUUCGAUUAGCUUCUUCGACGAGAUUGCCUCGGUUCUUCUUUCUUGAACUCACUUCCCAAAUCUACUUCCUUUUCCUAAUCAGUUAUAUUGUUCGCCAUGAGCAAUUCCCAAGACACCUCAACUCCUCAGCACCAGGAGAAGAUGGAUGUGGCCGGUGAUACACCGCUGGAAGUGGACGAGAGGUCCAAGGUCUCUACUUCCUCCAAGGCACAGGAUGCCUUUGGCGAUGAGGAAUUCGCAGAGGUCAAGUACAAAGUCCUAAAAUGGUGGCAAUGCGGUGUUAUCAUGGUGGCCGAAACAGUCUCCCUGGGUGUCUUGUCUCUGCCUGCUGCUGUUGCUAGCCUGGGUCUAGCUCCUUCCAUCGUUGCGCUACUCCUCUUGGGAAUGCUGGCAACCUAUACUGGCUAUGCGAUCGGACAAUUCAAGUGGAGAUACCCCCAGGUCUGCAACAUGGCCGAUGCAGGGGAGGUGAUCGCCGGCAGGAUUGGCCGAGAGGUCCUUGGUGUUGGUCAGGUUCUGUUCCUAGUUUUCGUGAUGGCUAGCCAUCUGCUUACCUUCAUCAUCGCUAUGAACGCCAUCACUGGCCACGGGACAUGUUCUAUUGUCUUUGGUCUGGUCGGCUUGAUCAUCUCAUUCAUUUGCUCGCUGCCUCGUACGCUAGUCAAGAUGUCCUGGCUCUCGUUCGUUUCUUUCGCCAGCAUUCUGUCAGCGGUGAUUAUCACGAUGUUUGGCGUGGGCAUUCUGCAUCCCGGACAAGGUGUGGAAGCCACUGUACCUACUGACCUCACUCAUGGCUUCGGCGCCAUUACCAACAUUGUCUUUGCUUUCUCUGGACAUGCCGCCUACUUCGGGCUAGCAGCGGAGUUGAAGGAUACCCGGGACUUCCCCAAGGCGCUAUGCCUCCUGCAGACUUUCGAUAUCUCGCUGUACAUCAUUGCAGCUGUCGUGAUAUAUCGGUACGGUGGUGCAGAGGUGGCCUCACCUGCUUUGAGCUCCGCUAGCCCCAUGGUGUCGAAGAUUAUCAUUGCUGGCGUGAUCAACGGCCACGUCGCCUUCAAGUACAUCUAUUUGCGCGUUUUUAGCGGCACUGAUCGGAUCCACAAGCGCGAUUGGAUUGCCAUCAGCUCCUGGGUCGGUAUUGCUUUGGGCUUGUGGGUGACUGCGUGGAUCAUCGCAGAAGCCAUCCCUGUCUUCAGCAACUUGCUCGGUCUGAUCACUGCCCUCUUCGCCAGCUGGUUCACAUUCGGCUGUAGUGGCGUCUUUUGGCUAUACAUGAACCGCGGCCAGUGGUUCUCAUCGCCACGCAAAACCGCCCUGACAAUGCUCAACAUCCUUAGUUUUAUUGUGGCUGCGUGUUUGUGCUUUCUGGGAUUGUAUGUCUCCGGCAAAGCGAUCCACGAUCAUCCUAGUAGUAUGAGCUUCUCGUGCGCGGACAAUGCGACCUGAAAGGGCUGGUACUUCCAAGGGUACUACUAACCUUUCAUACUUCUAUCCGACUACACUCGACAAUGCCGGACGAGUGGGAUGCCUCUUCUCCGUCUUAUAACCGGAGAUACAAUUUUCUUUGGUUGCGUGGUUUUCUUUUUCUUUCCCAAACAUUGACUGCCAGUAUCUGAAGGAGGCGCCCUGUCAGGGAGGACGCUCACGCGGAACUUGUACUGUAUAUAAGGGUUCAUGGUUCACAAGUGCAAU